AUGAGCUGGGUUGGAGACCUGUCUCCGGCAAGGCAAGGAGGGAGAAAGGCCUGGGCCCUCGUGGUCCUUGCCCUAGUUCUACUCUGUAGCUUGGUGGUUGCAUCCUCAGGCCCAAAGUGGCCUGAGCCUGUGUUCGGGCGCCUGGUGUCCCCUGGCUUCCCAGGGAAGUAUGGCAACCACCAGGAACGGCGUUGGACCCUGACCGCACCCCCUGGCUACCGCCUGCGUCUCUAUUUCACCCACUUCAACCUGGAACUCUCCUACCUCUGCGAGUAUGACUUUGUCAAGUUGAGCUCAGGGACCAAGGUGCUGGCCACACUGUGUGGGCAGGAGAGCACAGACACAGAGCGGGCACCUGGCAAUGACACCUUCUACUCACCCGGCUCCAGUCUGGACGUCACCUUCCGCUCAGACUACUCCAAUGAGAAGCCAUUCACAGGCUUUGAGGCCUUCUAUGCUGCGGAGGACAUCGAUGAGUGCCAAGUACCCCUUGGAGAGGCGCCCCCCUGCGACCAUCACUGCCACAACUACCUGGGCGGCUUCUAUUGCUCCUGCUGGGAAGGCUAUGUCCUCCACCGGAACAAGCGCACCUGCUCAGCCCUCUGCUCAGGCCAGGUCUUCACCGAGCGGUCUGGGGAGCUCAGCAGCCCUGACUACCCAGGGCCAUACCCCAAACUCUCCAGCUGUAGCUACAGCAUCCGCCUGGAGGAGGGCUUCAGUGUCAUCCUGGACUUCGUGGAGUCCUUCGAUGUGGAGAUGCACCCUGAAGCCCAGUGCCCCUAUGACUCCCUCAAGAUUCAAACAGGCAAGGGAGAAUACGGCCCAUUUUGUGGGAAGACAUUGCCUCACAGGAUUGAAACAAAGAGCAACACUGUGACCAUCACGUUUGUCACUGAUGAGUCUGGGGACCACACAGGCUGGAAGAUCCACUACACAAGCACAGCGCAGCCGUGCCCUAAUCCAAUGGCGCCACCUAACGGCCACGUUUCGCCUGUGCAGGCCAAGUACGUCCUGAAAGACAGCUUCUCCAUCUUCUGCGAGACUGGCUAUGAGCUUCUGCAGGGUUCUUUGCCCCUGAAAUCAUUCACUGCAGUCUGUCAGAGAGAUGGAUCUUGGGACCGAGCGACGCCAGAAUUUGUUGACUGUGGCCCUCCUGAUGAUCUAUCUAAUGGCCAAGUGGACUUCGUCACAGGUCCUGAAGUGACCACCUACAAGGCUGUGAUUCAGUACAGCUGUGAAGAGACCUUCUACAUGAUGAAAAGGAAUGACGGUAAAUAUGAGUGUGAGGCUGAUGGAUUCUGGACGAGCUCCAAAGGAGAAAAAUCACUCCCCGUCUGUGAGCCUGUUUGUGGACUGUCCACCCGCUCUACAGAAGGUCGUAUAUACGGAGGGCAAAAUGCAAAGCUUGGUGACUUUCCCUGGCAAGUCCUGUUACUAGGCAAAGCUACCGCAGCAGGUGCACUCUUAUAUGACAACUGGAUCCUAACAGCUGCUCAUGCUGUAUAUGAGCAAAAAGAUGAUGCAUCCUCCCUGGACAUUCGCAUGGGUGCCCUGAAGAGACUGUCACCUCAUUACACACAAGCCUGGGCGGAGAUUGUCUUUAUACAUGAAGGUUACACUCAUGGUGCUGGUUUUGACAAUGACAUAGCGCUGAUUAAACUGAAGAACAAAGUUGUAAUCAACAGCAACAUAAUGCCCAUUUGUCUGCCAAGAAAAGGAGCCGAAUCCUUCAUGAGGACAAAUGACAUGGGUACAGCAUCUGGAUGGGGAUUAACUCAAAGGGGUUUUCUUGCUAGAAAUCUAAUGUUUGUGGACAUACCAAUUGUGGACCAUCAAAAGUGUACUGCUGCAUAUGAAAAGCAGCUGUAUGCAGGGGGAAAGGUAACUCACAAUAUGCUUUGUGCCGGUUUAGAAGCCGGCGGCAAGGAUAGCUGCAGAGGUGACAGUGGAGGGGCACUAGUGUUUCUAGAUAAUGAGACACAGAGAUGGUUUGUGGGAGGAAUAGUGUCCUGGGGUUCCAUUAAUUGUGGGGAAGCAGAUCAGUAUGGGGUGUACACAAAAGUCAUUAACUAUAUUCCCUGGAUUGAGAACAUAAUUAAUAAUUUUUAA